ACGCCCCUGACCAAUCCCGACGCGCCGGCUCCGUGCGCUCUUGGAGAUCCUGUGCUGCUGCUCCUUCCAUCGCCGCCCAAUCCCCGGCUCUGUGACCGGGGUAGGUGGCGGAGUCUCGUGAGUUGACAGUCGUUAGCUCCUCACACUUGACCAGAUCGGACUGCGGAUCCAAACAUGGACGCGCGAGAAGUUUGACUGGAUUGUCAUUUUUUCCUCCUCUACUUGUUGUGAAUGUGACGGCGCGCAUCAGUCCCUGCUAUGAGACGCCAUGAUCCGGCUGGAGGAGGAUAAUGGAGCGCCCCCAGUAGACAGCAUGGACACCAAGAGGCGCGCUGCUGAAAGGUGACCUCCAGACACUUCGCCUCCCUUCAGAGCUUGAAUAUGCCAGAACAUAAAAAUGAGCUCCAACAGUACAGACCUACUGGCUGCCAGCUCUUCACCACUGGAGGCCGGAACCUACCCACAAUCCAAUGCGCUCCAUCAAGGAGAAAUCAAAGGAGACCCCUGGUCCGCUUUAAAUACCAUUGAUUAUAAUUCCAGUUUUGGGAGCAAUCACUCUCUACAGAAUACAACAGGAACGACACCGUUUGACCCCCUGGGUGGUCACCCCGUCUGGCAAGUGGUCCUCAUUGUCCUGCUGACAGGGACCCUGUCACUGGUCACUAUUAUUGGCAACAUUCUGGUCGUGGUGUCCUUUAAGGUGAACCGCCAGCUGAAGACAGUCAAUAACUACUUUCUUUUGAGUUUAGCAGUAGCUGAUCUGAUAAUAGGGAUCAUUUCCAUGAACUUAUACACUUCUUAUCUUAUUAUGGGCUACUGGGCGUUGGGUAACUGGGCCUGUGACAUCUGGCUGGCGAUUGACUAUGUUGCUAGCAAUGCAUCAGUCAUGAACCUGUUGGUGAUUAGCUUUGAUCGCUACUUUUCAAUCACGAGGCCUUUGACCUACCGAGCCAAGCGAACCACAAAGCGAGCCGGGAUCAUGAUUGGCUUGGCCUGGUCCGUUUCUUUUGUACUUUGGGCCCCAGCUAUACUGCUCUGGCAGUACUUUGUGGGCGAAAGGACGGUGCCCCCGAACGAGUGUUACAUUCAGUUCUUCUCGGAGCCAAUUACAACUUUCUGCACAGCCAUGGCAGCUUUCUACCUACCUGUGACCAUCAUGAGCGUCCUCUACUGGCGGAUUUACAAAGAGACACAGAACCGUUCCAAAGAGCUGGCUGGCUUGCAGGGUUCUGUGGGUCGUGGAGGGGUAGGGACGAGGGUUGGGAAGGUGGCGGGCGACAGAGCCCGUUUUGUGCAUCAGACCGGAAGUUCUAGAAGUUGCAGUAGCUACGAGCUCACAAGGUUGUCCAAGAAAAAGAGCACGUGUCAAGAACUGGUUGGCCGCUUUCACUGCUGGCAUGGGGUUCGCUCUUGGAGACCUGGGAGUAUCCGUCAAGGGGACGGAGAUCCAGACCAGAGCAGCAGUGACAGCUGGAACAACAACGACGCUGCCGUCUCUUUGGACCACUCCGGUUCCUCAGAAGAGGAAGACUGUACCGGGAAAGAGAUGAUUUCCCAGAGUCACGCCAUCUUCUCCAUUGUCCUAAGUCUACCCGGCAUCAAGGCUGCAGUCAAUUCUCAGCUCACGUCGUGCGAGGAUUUGGAUGGAGUCUCCGAAGAAGAUCCUCUGAAAGGUGCUGAGCAAAACCCCGACAGCCUUUCGACUGUCACCCCAAACACUACCACUGCUAACAGAAGUGAGGGAACAACUGAAAACAGCUACCACCAACAGUUCUGCUCACGCCAGAGUCCGUCCUUGUCUAAAAUCCAGUCUAACUCCAACCAAGGAUUUCUGGCAACAACCCCCACUGCUGCAUCUGAAAACACCACCACUCCCAACACAGCUUCCAAGUCUCCCACUGUCCCGAUCUCCUUCAAAGACGCUGCUCUGGCGAAGCGCUUUGCGGCCCGGGCUCGGACUCAAAUCACCAAGAGGAAGCGCAUGUCCUUACUGAAGGAGAAAAAAGCAGCUCAGACUCUCAGCGCUAUCCUCUUAGCGUUCAUCAUCACGUGGACCCCUUACAACAUCAUGGUGCUCAUCAACGCCUUUUGUGAGGUUUGCAUCCCGGACACCCUGUGGGCCGUGGGGUACUGGUUGUGCUACGUCAACAGUACAGUCAACCCCAUGUGCUAUGCGUUGUGCAACAAGACUUUCCGCACAACCUUUAAGAUGAUCUUGUUGUGCCGCUGGGACCAGAAAAAGAGGAGGAAGCAACAGUUUCAGCAGAGACAAUCUGUGGUUUUUCACAGGAGGAUUCCCCGAGAUUCAACGUAAAGGACGGACUAUCUCGAUGUUUGAUUGAAUAAAGAAUUAAACACAGGACCUGGAAAGGAACGCUGUUUCUUAGAGAUCCGUUUUGUCCUUUUUUGUGCUGUUAUGUUCAGCGACAGCAGCAAAAUGUGGCGAUCUCACAGUCUGUUUGUUUCGGUGCAUCCAUUCAAGGAAAGAUGUGUGUGAAGGUUAACCGGAGACGAAGUGUAGAGAUGAAAAAAACCUUGUGUUGGUUCUCCUUGUGGAGCUCCUUCACUAUUUUCAUGCUACUACACCUGAAAGUGGAAAUGAACUGAAGGGAAAAUAAAAGAAAAGGGCUUUUUUAAAGGAGAAAAACGAAAGUGCAACUGACACAAAUAGAAAAUGUGUCUGCGUAACAAGGUCAGGGAAUCACAUUUGUUGUAAUUUUCUACCGUCGGGUACCCUAGAUUUGUAAUGUACAGGAUGGUUUUAGCAUUUCAAACAAAUGAAAUGUGUCUGUGAUGUUUCCCUCGAGGUUGGUGUUCACAGGCUUCUACAUUUGACUGGCAUGUGUUUUUAUCCGAACCUCAGUGAAUUACCUUUCAGCAUGGCUAUAGCUUUACUGUGUCUAAUGAGACUUUAUGAAAUGGUGUUCUCCUACUUCUACCUGUUAUUUUUGUGACAUUUCUCUGUUUUCUAAGUGAUUCAGAAACAUUGAGCCAGUCAAAAAAAAGGAUAUUUUGAUUAAAUUAAAUGAUUAAUGAAUAUUAUGUGUGGCACCACAGUCAGUGAUCUGCUGUUGUGUUCAAUGUGAUUGUUGUGAUUUGUAUGGUGGAGACAAUAAGUACAUUGGCUGUUUUUUUUUUUUUUUUUUGGUACUUGCAGUUUUCAGUUAAAGUAAUGAUGAUACUUUUUUAUGUACAUUUGGAUAUUUCUGACUUGAUUCACACUGGCUAAAUUGCACUCCAUUUAUUCAACAGUUUCUCGUCACAUUUCACUCAAAAGUUGCUCAGCUUUGGCAUUUCUUCACUGGUACUUUUGUUUAUACAGUGGAGCAACAGUGACCUCUAGUGGUCAAGAGAAGGAAGCACUUGCACUGCAAUGGCAACUUGUUUCUUUACAGUAAAUUGAUGUCAGGUUUGACCUAAAUUUAAGCCCUAGAAUCUUUACAGAUAAUAUAUUUGUUUUUUUUCUCUUUAUUAUUUUUUUUCUGGAACAGCUAAACCCGUAUAUGUGGUUGUCAUGACAACCAAAAUAAUUAUCUUACUUUAAUUAUUAUUGUUUGUAAUGCACAUUAUGUUUAUCUAAAGCAAGUGGCUUUUGCAGUAUUUGCUACACUUUUUUUACUAUUAUAUUGAGCAAAAGGUCAUGGAAAUACGAUGUAAAGUGUAUUAAUAAAUGAAAAGGUUUAUGAUGGUGGAUGCAGAGGUCAUGGAUGGACUGUCACUGAUGUAUUUAAAAAAAAAACAACAAAAACGUGUCUUUUUUGUGAGAUAUUUUGCCUGCUCUGAACACAGUGUGAUGAUCCAAUGUCACAAAACAUGAACUAUAAAUCGUGAUUUCUUUUUUAAAGUUUUCUUUUUAAUGUUUUGAAUGUAAACUACGAAAAUGUUGAAUAUUUUUUGCCCAUAUGUCAGUCAUACAUUUAUUUUAAGACAAUAAUAAAAAACAAAGAACA